CUGGUUUGAAAACGUGGGGGGGCGUUUAAUUGAAUAAAAAAUAUAAGCCCAUGGGCGUUUUAAAGGGAUUAUAUGGAAAAUUAUAAAGAUUGCUGUUUGAACGCUCUGAAACGCAAAGCACCGUACUGUAGCGCAAUCAGCCGUACUCCUCGGACAUGCCCAAGAGAAGAACCUCUACAUAGUCAGUUCAGGGAUCAUCUGGCCUUAGUCGAGCUCCUUUGGGAAUAUACUUCUCUAACCCAGUGUUUCGUGUUUAAGUUCUACCACUUCGUGCUAGUUAUUAUUCCCAUUCUUGUAGGCUCGCUUAGGGGGCUGGCGUACUCUCACCGUGCACAUUUCGUGCGUCUUGUGAUAUGUUUUUUUGAAUUGCAGAAACCUAUUACGGCGUACUCUCAUCGUGCACAUUGCGCGCCUCUUAUCCCGCAUUCUGCUCCGCCGUUGUUUUCACUCAGGCCGCCAUAACUCGUUCACAGUAACGAACGAGGUGACCUCGGUUUUCCGUCUUCCAUCGUCAUCGCAUCGCAUCGCAUCGCAUCGUGUGACGCUGCUGUGUCGCCACAGGUGUAGGAGCAGGAGGUUUGGAAUCAGAAAAGGCGAAAGCGAGAUAACGGUAGCAGCAACGAUGACACCAGUGACGGCUGGAGCAGCAGCAGACUUAGCAGAAGGAGCAGCAGGAGCAGCAGCAGGAGCAGCAGCAGCAGCAGCAGCAGCAGCAAAUGGACCGGCAGAUGGCAUUCGUCAGUCCUCGUCAGCGUCAUGUGUCAUCGCAGACCGCACCAUCGAGCUGAACCCUCUCGACUGGGCGUAUCGCGGGGAAGGUUCCGCGAACAUCGUCAUGUCGUACUGCGGCCACGUGCCUGCUCUGAAAGGCAUGGUGCUGCGCGUGUGCAAGGAGCGGCCAGACUCACACCACCCAGGAGCUGAAGUUGUGGCUGGGGAAUCCCUAACCGGAGGUUCGGCAGGAGCCUCGGAAGCAGGCUCGGCAGGAUUCCCGGAAGCAGGUUCGGUGCAGCCCGAGCCUGUGCUGCGUCCGGAGGAGCGGGAGCUGUGGGGAGAAGUGGUGCCAGAACUGGCAAAGGCGCCGGAUCGCAUCGACCUGCUGCACCAAUACGUGUCUCGAGUCAUGGCUCCCUUGAUUGGCGAGGAGUUCGUGGAAGCAGGGAUCGCAGUGAACGUUCCCCGGAGUUUCCUUCAAGAGGUGGCGGACCACAUCCGCCCCAGCCGCCCUCCCUGGCGGCAGGCCCAAGGGGACGUUGAUUUGAGCAUUGGGGAGGCGCUGCUGGUGACGGACCUGACCCACUUGCACCUGGAGGACGAGGAGUGGGAGGAGGAGGAGAAGGGGGAAGGGAAAGAGGAAGGGGGGGAGGAAGGGCGGUCACAAGAGCAGAGGGAGCAGGAGGUUAGGCGAGAGGAGGACCAUGGCAGCUGUUGCGGGUAUAAUGGCACAACGUUCUGCAUUGAGCUCAAGCCCAAGACUGGCUUUUGCCCCUCCUCACCCUUUAUCGCACCGGCCAAUCACGUGAAGACAUCUGUCCCGCGCUUCCUCAUGCACCAGCAGCUGAAGCUAGCCGAAGGCGAAGUAGCGGAAUCGAGCACGUACAACCCCCUCGACCUCUUCUCCUCCUCGCCCCCCCGCGUGCUCACCGCUCUAAGGUCCUUGCUCGAGCACCCGCAGAAUAACCUCAGGAUUUUUGCGGAUGGGCGGUUGCUGCUGGGGGGUCAUAUACACAGGCACGGGGACGGGGGGAAGGGGAAGAAGAAGGGGGAGAAGGGGGAGAAGGGGGAGAAGGGGGAGAAUGGGGAGAAGGGGGAGAAGGGGAAGAAGGGGGAGGAGGGGGAGAAGGGGGAGAAGGGGAAGAAGGGGGAGGAGGGGGAGAAGGGGGAGAAGGUUGGAAACGGGAAGGUGGGAGUGGGUUUAGCGGCUUUGAGAAUGAAGGAGAAAGCAUUGGAGGCAGCGGGUUUGGCUGCUGUGGAAGCAGCUUUGGAAGGGUUCGUGUGCGUGGGAGAGGAGCCUAGCAAUGCUGCUGCUGCUGCUGCCGGAUCAACUGAUGCUGCUGGCUCGUCCUCUCCUCACCACUCCUCCGCCGCCCCUCACCUCGUGCACCCGCGGGUGGAUGCCCUCCUGGCCCUUGCCACGGAGUGCCUGGUGCAGUCAGGAGCUAUGGAAAAGCUGUUAGCUGCGCAGAAGCUGGACACGUGGGACAUUGAAGGGACCAUCCAUGCCUACAACCAGUUCACCAAGGAAACUGGAGAGGCGACUGCUGCGGCUGCUGCUGCUGCUGCUGCUGCUGCUGCUGCUGGUGAUGAUCGUGGCAGUCUGAGUGAGAUAACGAAGGAUUGCAGGAAGGUUCUUCGCGAUUUCCUGAUAGCAGCAACGGCGAAGGACUGUGGAAUCAUGCUGGCGCUCAGAGCAGCCAUCCCUGGGGAGACCCUGGAAGCUUCGCAGAAACUUCGCAGCAUCGUCUGCCCAUCCAGUGGCUGCAAGUACUUCUACAGGCUUUCCAUAAUGGACCUGGACAUCAAGCCUCUGCGCAAGAUGCCCAAGUAUUGGAGCAUGGAUCAGCAGAUCGUCAGGAACUACAGCUCAGCUACUGCUUCUGGGAAUUCACAUGAAGGGACGGCAAAUGGUGUCCUUUGAUGCUCAAAGCCUAAAUACUGGACCAUGGAUCAGCAGAUUGUCAGGCACUAUUGCUCAUAGUGUGAUUCGAGGCAGGACAAAGCCGAAGUACCGUACCACCGAUUUGCAGAAGAAACAUGCAUUGCCGUUUUGUUACAGUUUAUAGAUUUUUUCACAAUGAAAAGCUUUGCUUAUA